AUGGCCAUCUUCUCCAAGAUCCUCACCAAGACAGAUGCUGAGAAGAGACUGUCAGUGCCUAUCAAGUUUCUCAAGUCUCUCCCACCAUUCAAAAGCGGCCAUGCGGUAGAUUUUCAAGCUAAAGAUGAGAGAGGCAAAGUCUGGACUUUUCAAUGCUCCACUCGCAAGAAAGGACAGUACAAGAAGCCAGUUCUUUCCAAGGGUUGGCUUGCAUUUGCAAACAAGAAGAAACUCAAAGUGGGCGACAAGAUCGUGUUUUACAAGGGUAGAGAUCAAGAAACUGAAAAACCCUUUUAUGGAGUUCGAGUUGAAAGAGAAAUCAAGCUACUUGGUGCUGUUAUUGGCUAUAUGAACGCUUAA